AUGGAUGCACACCUUUCAUAUCAGGUCUACCUGGCCACAAAUCCAGAAGCUAUUCCGCCUCCCAUGCCGGACCACCCAGACCCCAGCAUACGACUCUGGUUUGAGCAAGGAAAUCGCCAGCACGAAGUCACCCAGUCUCCUUACUGCCAGCCAGUGUGCGAGCUUGUGUCGCUUGCCCUGCGACAACUCUGCUAUGGCCAGGCAGCAGAACACCUUCUUCUUAUACUCAAACAGAUUGCGGGAACCAGUAUUGCAGUGUCACACCUGGGAGAACGGAAACAGCUCGCUGAAGCGGAUAUUCGUGGAUGUCUCCUCGAUGAGCCACUUGAUUUCGUCCUAAAAAGGCUUCCCGAUAAUUCCAACGGCAACAUCGUCUGGGGAGAGGUUGUCAAAGGAGCGGGAAAAAGUGAAAUCGCCAUCAACAUCGAGUUGGCGGCAGCAAUUUGCGAUCCUGCUCCACCCACGUUCACGGACUCUAAUGCUGUUUCUACUGGCUUACGGUUCCUCCUUUUCGUCACAAUCUUCCACGAAGUCGUACAUGUCAUCACGAACAAGAUAUUCGUUCAACUCAUCACCCCGCCCCUUCCAAGCUUUGAGCAGGAUGAUGAUGGUCAUGGAGAGGCGGGUGAUACGUUAGAAAUGCGAUUCUUUGGGUUCAUAACUCUUGUCUCCCUCGGACUGGGCGAUGUGAAUGCGAGCGACCGAUUGUGGCGCAUUCAAGAGUUCACAGCAUAUAACAGGAUCAAUAGGCCAAGUCGCAUCCUUGAUGCUCAGACAAUGGAAGCUAUUUUGUCCUCUGUCAAAAACAUGGAGCCGUGGGGACCGCUAUGGAACAUACUCCCAGAAACCAACUUUGAUCCCAGUACACAACGCCGAAUGCGGCGAAACAAUCGUGGAGGAGCCUGA